AUGAUUGAGCCAAGCCUAUGGAACCGGGUUCCGGGGUCUUGGGUCGAGUUCAGGGUUCCUCAUAGUGAUCGUGCUUCAAGGUGGAGGUCUCAUCAAUCCGUGGAAGACAAGGCAGCAGGACGACCGGAAGCAUUUGAGGCUCGGGGACAGCGUAAUUUGGAGCUUCAGCUUUAUGGCUCCUUUGUCGCCAUGAGCCUUCUUCGGUUGAUUCCCCUCCUGUGCCUCGCCUGGGGCGAACAUUCCUCGGAGAGUUGCGACAAAGCAUCGCUUCUCCAGACGAAGGCACUCGGGGAGGAGGCUUUGUCAAAGUCUUUGAGUCUUCUCCCACCACGCACUCUCCAACAUCUCCGCUUCCGACGCCGCCGCCGCAAGGACCUUCUGCCCUUUGUCUAUAUCCGGAUCAAUGUCGCAGUCGAUGACUCCAAUAGAGACGAUGUGCUGACAAAACUGCGCGAGCAAGAGACGGAGUUCUUCAUAAACUUCUUUGGAAAUAUCUAUGGCGGCAAUGGCAUACCUUACAAGGCGAAUUCGAAGAUUCUGAAGACGACGUCUUCGCUGGUUCAGUUCCAGAUCGGGUUUAUUCCGGACCUCCGGUUCAAGUUUGGCGUGGUGGAUCCGAGAGCAACGCUACGAGCAACAGUUUGGGAGCUGGAUCGUCUUCUCCGGGGGCCUGAUGACAACCGGGUCCGCACCCGCUACGACGGAGGGGUGGUCGGCGGCUUCUUCUUCGAGGGCAGCCUCUUGGUGCAAGCUGCGAACGUGUCCUAUGGCAAGCCGAUCUUGUGGCAUGUCAAGUCGGACUCCAAAGCAUAUGGGUAUGGACAUUAUGGACAUGGAAGCACCAACUUCCUGCCUGCCAACGUCAGCUUUUUCGGCACUCCUCGCGUCUGGGAGUUGCAAAAAACUUGGUACACCACCUUUCAAGGGGAAACUGGGAAAGUCUUCUUUGCGAUCGAGAACAACAGAAGUGGGUGGAUCAAUCUCAUCGCUAACAGUUCGGACCCAGCCACGAACGGUCAAAGCUUUGCCGAGGGCCAGGGCGAGGAGAUGGCCUUUGUGAGUGAGCUGCUGUUCCGGGACAUGUUCCCUCAGGAUAACGCGAAGAUCGUGAACGCCCUCGUCGUGGAGUUCCAACAAUAUCAGCGUCGGUUUUACAAGGAGGAGCAAGCCGGCUACACGCAACGCAUCCUGGAGUGGCUUUCCCAACAACCAUUAACAACAGGAUUCAACUACACCGUCACCACCGACGUAAGUUUGGUGUGGGCGCUCACGACGUGA